AUGUCAUAUGCAAAUCAGUCUCAGUCCAACAACACUGUUGGACUGCAGUAUAUGGGGUUCCUGGAAUUAGUGUUGUUUUCCACUAUGACUUCAAUGCCAUGCUGUGUGUUUCUCUUAAUUAAUGGGACUAUGUUAUUCACCUUAAGGAGUAAAAUAGUGUUUCGUGAGACCUCUCGUUACAUUCUUCUGUUUAACCUCCUUUUUGCAGACACUGUACAGAUGACACUCGGUCAGUUACUUUUUAUACUGAAUGCUUUUAGAAUAAGGCUGACAUAUCCUGUAUGUGGUGUUUUUACCAUGCUUGCUUACUUCACAAAUGCAAUCCCCCCUCUCACGCUGGUGGUGAUGUCUCUGGAGAGAUAUGUGGCUGUGUGCUACCCACUGAGACACUCUACAAUCGUUACCAUCAGAAAGACAACAGUGGCUAUCAUUAUGGUUUGGGGCUUUAGUUCACUAAAUAUCCUCACACAUGUUAUUUUAUUGUUAGAUUUUAAAUUUGAAGACCUGGAGAGCCUGACGAUGAAAGAUAACUGUGCCAGAGAAAACAUGCGUCUUGGCUCAAUGUCUGAUCUUUAUGAUAAAUUGUAUGUUUAUUUUCUGUUUGUUUCAGCUGGUGUGGCAAUUCUUUGCUCCUAUAUUGGUGUGUCGAUAGCAGCUAGGUCGGCCUCCACAGACAAAGCUUCAGCUCGUAAGGGUCGUAACACGCUGCUGCUGCAUAUGGUGCAGCUGGGCCUCAGUCUCUCCUCAACCAUACACAACCCAUUGCAUCUAGCGCUCUCAAAGGUCCUAGACAAGAAAAUAUUUGUGCGCAUCCAAAUUGUCCUUUAUGUGUGUGUUAUUAUCUUUCCAUCAUGUCUGAGUUCUCUCAUCUAUGGAAUUAGAGACCAGACCAUUAGACCCAUCCUGAUAUACAAUCUUUGCUGUCAGUGGAAAUGCGCACUUUCCCUCUCAGUCGUCCCAGUCAAGGCAAAAAGCAGCAUGCAUAUCACUUCAUAG